GAAACUACUUCAGGUAGUUAGGGGUUGUCGAACGUGUUUUUAAAGUUUCUCCGUGCAGUGGUUUCUCGUGUUUUGGUGACUUUCUCAAGAUUUAUGAGUGACAAGUUCUUUUUCUAUUAGUACUUAUUCAGUGAUGUGUUUCUGAUCGCAUGCAUCCAUUAUCAGUAAAAUUAAGUUCGUUCAAUGACUAUGGUCUCGUAUUAUAAUCCAACAGCAAUGUAUAGACACCAACAAGCGGUUGCGGCACAGAGUGCUCAAUUUCAUCACUCCGGCUCAUCGAUGCAUUCCUGGUAUCCACCGGGCUACCACCAUCAAGCACCCCAAGUAACACCGGCACCGACACCCUCAUAUUGCAUGCAGGACGAACAGCAAAUGUGGCACCAUCACAGCGUCUUUCAUCAGGAGUAUCCGGAAAUACCACAUCACGGUGCCGGAGUUCCGCUGCACCAACAACAUCAUCAGCAAUUGUUAGAACCCGAAAGUCAAUUACCGUCGCCGCCGAUUACGGUAUCCGGUAGCGACAUGUCGAGCCCGGGAACAGCGGGCGGCACCAUUUCACCACCGAAUCCUUUGGCAAGGCCGCCACCCGUAAGGAGUCCCUACGAGUGGAUUAAGAAAACCUCUUACCAAAGCCAGCCUAAUCCCGAGGCUGGCGCAAUAAAUCCAGAAUCCUACCUUCUCGAUUACUCCACGCAGGAAUGUCCUGGUAAAACUCGAACGAAAGAUAAAUACCGGGUAGUUUACACGGAUCACCAAAGGGUCGAGCUCGAGAAAGAGUUUUAUUACAGCCGAUAUAUCACCAUCAGGCGUAAAGCGGAGCUAGCGUCAAAUUUGGGACUAUCGGAGCGCCAGGUAAAAAUCUGGUUUCAAAAUCGCAGAGCGAAAGAGCGCAAACAGGUAAAAAAACGCGAAGAGUUGCAUCACAAGGAAGGGCCGAUUCUGCAUCAGCAACCCCAUACGGGUAUUAUACAGCAAAAUCAGCACCAACCCCCAGUAACAACGCAUCCAAUCGUGCCGGUACCUGUGGGACCCUUAAUGUGACCUGUAAAGGAAUUUAUGUGCUCCGAUUGGUUUAAUGCGGAUGAUGAAACCGCCGUCAUCUUGUGAUUAUAACAUUUUUUUCCCAAACUGACCUAGAUCUGAAAGUGCAAUACAGUUUAAUGAUCUUAGUGAGUGAUCAGAAACAAUGCUUUGUUCUGUUUUACAAGUGAGAUUAUCGUGGUUACAACUAGGUACGAAUUUAGCUCUAUUGGCAAACUGCUGAAGGGGAACAUUCUUGGAAAUUUGCUCACUUUUAAUUCACUCACGUGAAAUUAAAAAGAACGUUAUGAUUACCUUUGAUUUAUAUAGUUAGUGACGAUUGCCAACACUUUUGAAAAAGCAAUUUCGGUGAAACUAAGAUUUUGUAACCCUAACUAUGAAAGUAAAAAAUUAGCGCAAUAAAGCAAUUAUUAAUAUUUUAAUAUUUAAAGGUUGUCGGCGAAUUUACAACCAUAUUUUUUUUAAUAAACUUGCGUAAGCGCUAAACGUUCUUUAUCCAGACAGACUUUCUUUUAACGGGUACACACAAAAAGUUCAUAAUCUCUUAAUAUUAACAAACAGAAUACUACUAUAAACCGCAAUAAAUGAAUAGCGUCGGA